AUGGGCUCCACAGCGGCGGUGGUGCAAGGUGUUGCGAACGCCACGGAGCCAGACGACGACCCGACGACAGUGACAGUUUUGGAAGGGACGCAGACGACCAUCAUCUGUCUGUACUCUCUGAUCUGCGUGACGGCCAUCGUGGGCAAUGGGAUGGUCUGCUACCUGGUCCUCGGGUUCAGGAGGAUGAGGACGGUCACCAACCUGUUCAUAGCCAGCCUGGCCACCAGCGACAUCCUCAUGGCGGUCAUCUGCAUCCCGUUCACCUUCGUGGCCAACGUCCUGCUGGACCACUGGCCCUUCGGUCGCUCCCUGUGUCCGGUGAUGACCUACGUCCAGGUGGUGGUGGUCUUCCAGAACGCCUACACGUUGCUGGCCAUCAGUUUCGAGCGCUACUUCGCCAUCAUCUACCCGUUCCACCCGAGACUGCCCAAGCGCAAGGCGGUGUGGAUUAUCGCGAUCUGCUGGGCGCUAUCCUUCAUGACGCCGCUGCCGACGGCGAUCACGUCGACGCUGGUCGAGCUCCCCACCGACGACGUCAGCAAGAACAAGACCGUCCCGGUGUGUCUCGAGGUUUGGUCGUCGGAGUCUCAGCGCUUCACGUACACUCUGACCAUCAUGAUCCUGCAGUACUUCGUGCCCCUGGUGGUUCUCGUAUACACGUAUCUCAGGAUAGUGCAUGUCGUCUGGCUGAAGAAUGCCGCACCUCACGUGAAACAGGAUCAGGAUGCUGAAGGAUCCGGCGGAGGAGGUAAACGGGUUUCACUCUGUUGGGUGGUAGUAUUUAUAUCCGUGGCGUCUAUGGCUAUCAAGAUGAUGAUCACGGUGGUCAGUAUCUACGCCAUCUGCUGGUUACCGCUGCACGUCAUCACUUUGGUUGGUGACGUCAUACCUUCCAUCUACGACGCAGGCUACAUCAGAGUUCUGUGGAUCGGAUCUCACUGGCUGGCCAUGAGCAGUUGCAUUUAUAACCCAUUUAUAUACUGGUGGAUGAACUCCAAGUUCAGAGAUGGAUACAGAUACAUAUUCACAAAGCUCAAACACUGUUGCACGGGUAAGGCAUGCAGUUCGUAUCACGAACAGACUAGGUUAACAUUUGGAGGAGACAACUUCGGUAUAGGGAGGUGUUCCGACAUCAACAGCAAGACACAAAUUACGUUGAGUAUGAACAAGCUGGACCAUCUUGAACCAGAUGCCAAGUCAUGUACAAAAAGUCCAACGGUGAAGGACAUACAUGGGAAAAAUGGAUUUAACAAAUCAUCAACACUGGAUGUAACAACAGGGGAAAAGACACCUUUAAAUUUAACAAUGUAA